AUGGUUACUGCUUUAGUGCUAAACAAGAAAUACAACUUUUCGCAUAUUGUGUUUCAUUACAUGGCAGAGAAUAUUACAUCAAAGAGCAAGACCUGGACGUAUCCGAGGUUCGUGCAGAUGUUGAUUGAUCACGCGUAUCCUGAGAUUGACAAAAAUAUAAAGGAUGAUUUGUUGGUGCAAUCACAUAUGAACGAAGUUACAAUCAAACAGCUUGUGAGAUAUCACCCGAACCACCCUGAACCGAAAGUUAGUGCAGAAUUCUUUGGUUUCAUAAAAGAUGCAAACUACGUCGAUCCAGAUCCAGUUGAUCACCAGAACUGGAGAAAUGAAGCUGAAAUGAAAGAAGCGAAUGAGUGGUAUGUGAAAGAAACUGGGAGAAGACGCAGAAAGGCCACUCCUAUUGUUAAAAAGGAUGAAGGAUCUUCUUCACAACCAAAGAAGAAGCAAAAGAAAGCUGCUAAAACGUCUUUGAUCGAUGAACCUGAAGAAGAUGAACAGGUGGUCACUGUGGAAAAGGAAACAGUAGUAGUUGUGGAAGAUGAUCCAUUUAAUGUUGAUGAUUUGUUUGAUGUUGAUAAAGUUGUUAAUGUUGAAGCACAGAACGAAAAAGAAAAGGUGGUUGAUGAUAUUGAGGGAGAUGAUGUGGAUAAAGAUACUACAAGCUCCUCAAGCUCUUCAGAUGAUGAAAUUGAUGAAACUGAACGUUUACGAAGAGUUCAGGAAGAAAUAGAACAAGAAAAGUUGUUAAGAAAGAGAAAAAGACAGGUAAAGGACGAUGAUGAAGUUUAUGUGCCUUCUCCAGAACACGUUUCAGUGUCACAAUCUCCUCAAGGCAGCAGAAAGAAAGCCGGAGCUCGAAAGAAAGUAGUUUCUCCAAAGAUUCGCAAAGCCACACCAAAGAUAUCAAAACCGAAGAUUGUGCUAAAGAAGAAACAAACCAAAGAAACUAGGAAGCCACCUACACCACCACAUGAACCAACACCACCACAAUCACCAAUCCAAUCACCACCCCGACAACCUACACCACCACAGCAAUCGUCACCACCUAAACAACCAACACCUCCAAGACAACCAUCACCACUACAUCAUUCACCUCUACCACAACAAACUCUUUUCACCUCGCAAGAACUCUUUCAGACCCCUCCACUCACCCAAAUGCAACCUGGUUCUUCUACCAAAGGUCUUUAUACUCCUCAUGAUAAUCUUGAAGACAUCGGAGACUUCGGUUUUGAGAACAAUGAACAAGUGUUGAAGUUGGAGAAAAUGAUGGAUGAAGUGUUAGUGGAAAACAAGAAAUUAGCCGCUGAAAAUAAGAAGGUGUCUGAUCGGGAGACAAUUCUAGAAAUGCGUGUGAAGAAGUUGGAGAUUGAUAAUAAAGAGUUGGUGAAAAAGAUUGAUUCUGAUCAGUCAGAGAUAGACAUUUUGAAGGUAAAAAUUGCUGAGCUGGAAGAAGAAAAGGCUCGACGAGAUGAGCAAAAUGAGUAUUUCAAAUUGAAGAACAAAGAAUUUGAAGCAGCUAAAGCGUUAAGAGAUCAUGAGUUCUAUAUGCUGAAUAAAGUAGUUGAAAUCAUGCUCGGAACAUCUGUAGAGCAAAAGUUUGAAGAGCUGCAAGUUGAAGAGCUCAGAGCUGAACGUCAAGCCAAAAUAGAUGAACAAAUGAAAGACAAAGGCAAAGGCGUUGAAGGAAGUUCUACAGUGACAGAAAGAUCGAUUGUUCCUUCAAUGGUGGUUGAAAAUCCCGAGCCUAUCUCUGCAGUUUCUGGUCUGUUUGAGGAUUAUACUCCUCUUGAAGAGUUAAUGGGUGAUAGUGAUGAGGAUGAUGAAGAAGAGGAGGAUGAAGAGGAAGAUGUCAAAAAUGAGAAAGUAUACUCUACGAGCAGUCAUGGUUCAGGUAAAGACGAUGAUGAUGAUGAUGCUCAGGGUGGUACAGGAUUGAAAGUUACUGAAGCUUCUGAUGAACAGAAUGUUGAUAACUUGAUGAACGACACUAUGAACGAAGAAUCAGGGGAGCUGAUAGACAGGGGGAGUCAGGUGAUGCAGAGAAUGUUCAACAAGCAGAGAAAUUGA